AUGCCGGUCGCUGCCUGCGCUGCCUCCCACACCAAGAUCUCCGGCCAAGGCUCCGUCGCCGCGCACUCGCCCUGCGCCUGCGCUGCCUCCCACACCAAGAUCUCCGGCCAAGGCUCCGUCGCCGCGCACUCGCCCUCCGCCCUCAAGGACGCGGGCGGGGAGGCCCUCGCCGCAGGCGACAUCGUCCGCGCGACUCAUAUGUACACGAUGGCCAUCGACUUGGUCCUCGAGGGCGAGGCGCCGCCGGCGAGUGGCGCAGAUUGGUUCGCGCUGGACGCCAAGAGCGGCGGUGUGCUCCACGCGCUGCUCUCCAACCGCUCGCUCACGCUGCUCAAGCAAGAGGACGCUCCGGCGGCGGCAGAGGACGCAGAGCACUGCACAUGUGCUCGGCCUGACUGGCCCAAGGGCCACCUGCGCCUCCUCGCGGCGCUCGACGCUUCCUUCACGCUGCUCGAGGAACGCCGCCGCGCGGCCACCGCCGCUGCCGGCAAGCCGGCCGGGCGCCGCGCCGAGGAGGAAGAGGCGGAGCAGAUCGCGGCGACGCGGCGCGUCGCGGAGGACCCCGGCGACCCGCGCCGAUUCAUGGCGGCAGGGGACUUCGGCUCGGCGCUCGCGGUCGGAGCGUUUGGCUUGCAGAAGGACGUGGCCGCGGCGGAGGUGUACCUGCGGGUGGGCGCCGACGGCGGCGACGCGGGCGCCCAGCGCAACCUCGGCCUCCUCCUCCUCGAGCUGGGGCGGGCUGCGGAGGGCGCCGAGAUGCUCCGCCGGGCCGCCGAGGGCGGCGACGAGAGCGCGGCCGCGACCUGCGAUCAGCUUCUCUCCGAAGCAAAGGCGCGCGAGGAGGAGGCGCUCUUCAAGCUGCGGGCGCUGGCGAGCGGCGGCGACUCGCGAGCGCGCGCCGUGCUCGAGCAGCACGAGGCGGAGCGCGCGGCGGUGACUGCUCGGGCCGGCGCUUGA